AUGGACACUGACAUGGACUACGAAAGACCCAACGUUGAAACUAUCAAGUGUGUGGUGGUUGGAGACAAUGCAGUGGGAAAGACUCGUCUAAUUUGUGCAAGAGCAUGCAAUACAACCUUAACUCAGUAUCAGCUGCUGGCAACUCACGUACCAACUGUCUGGGCCAUUGAUCAAUACCGUGUCUGCCAAGAGGUCCUUGAACGGUCAAGAGAUGUUGUGGACGAAGUGAGUGUUUCUCUCAGGCUAUGGGAUACCUUUGGGGACCACCACAAAGACAGGCGCUUCGCUUACGGAAGGUCUGAUGUUGUAGUUCUGUGUUUUUCAAUUGCUAAUCCUAAUUCCCUGAAUCAUGUGAAAACAAUGUGGUAUCAAGAAAUCAAGCACUUCUGUCCUCGCACACCUGUCAUCCUGGUGGGCUGCCAACUCGAUCUCCGCUAUGCAGACCUUGAGGCUGUAAACAGAGCCAGGCGGCCUUUGGCAAGGCCAAUAAAAAGAGGAGACAUUUUGCCACCAGAAAAAGGCAGAGAGGUUGCCAAGGAACUUGGGAUACCAUACUAUGAAACGAGUGUAUUUGACCAGUUUGGGAUUAAAGAUGUGUUUGACAAUGCAAUUAGAGCUGCCUUGAUCUCCAGAAGACACCUGCAGUUCUGGAAAUCUCAUUUGAAGAAGGUCCAAAAACCUUUGCUUCAGGCUCCAUUCCUACCUCCAAAAGCUCCUCCUCCAGUCAUCAAAAUUCCAGAGUGUCCUGUACCAAGCAUGAAUGAAGCUGGAUAUUUAUUGGACAGCCCACUCUGUGCAGAUGUUAUGUUUGUUCUCCAGGAGCAGGACUGCAUUUUUGCUCACAAGAUUUACCUAGCUACCUCCUCUUCAAAGUUUUAUGACCUUUUCUUAAUGGAAUGUGAGGAAAGUCCAGACUUGGAUGAAACACAGUAUAAUAAGGAAAAUACAAAUAAAGAAGUUCUGACAAGUUACCUUGAGACAAAUGUUGACAGUGAUGAAACAUCCUUGAAAUCUGCUGAUGUUAAAACUCCCCCACCAGAAAGUACUGACUCUUUAAACAUGCUAGAACCUGAACCUGGUGAAACAAAUUCUGCAGCAAGAUCUCUGUCAUCCUGUGGAAAGGGGUUUCUUAGUGUGCAUAAGGAAAUGCAAGUGAAUCCUGUAUCGAAUAGGACAUGUCCUGUUACUGUGGUAAAAAUGGAUUCAUCUGUGCAGGCUGGACCUUUUAAAACUGUUUUGCAGUUUUUAUACACAGGGCAACUGGAUGAAAAUGAAAAAGAUCUCACAAGACUGGCUCAGAUUGCUGAAAUCUUAGAAGUAUUUGAUUUGCGGAUGAUGGUGGAGAAUAUUAUGAAUAAAGAAGCCUUCAUGAACCAGGAGAUUACUAAAGCAUUUCAUGUCAGAAAAGCUAAUCGGAUAAAAGAGUGCCUUUCAAAAGGGACAUUUUCUGAUGUGACAUUUAAAUUGGAUGAUGGAACCAUAAAUGCCCACAAGCCACUGCUGAUCUGUAGCUGUGAAUGGAUGUCUGCUAUGUUUGGAGGGUCAUUCAUUGAAAGCUCAAACAGUGAGGUAGUUCUUCCCAACAUAAACAAGACUUCCAUGCAAGCUGUUUUAGAUUACUUGUACACCAAGCAACUGUCCUCCAGUCGGGAACUGGACACACUUGAGUUAAUUGCAUUGGCAAACAGGUUUUGCCUUCCUCACCUGGUUGCACUAGCAGAACAACAUGCAGUACAAGAGCUGACAAAAGCCUCCAUGAGCGGCAUUGCAAUAGAGGGAGAAGUUCUAUCCUAUUUGGAAUUGGCUCAGUUUCACAAUGCUAACCAGCUGGCAGCUUGGUGCUUGCACUACAUCUGCACCAACUACAACAGCGUUUGCUCCAAAUACCGCAAGGAAAUCAAAGCUAAAUCUUCAGAUAAUCAAGAGUAUUUUGAGAGGCACCGCUGGCCGCCUGUCUGGUAUUUAAAGGAAGAAGAUCACUACCAGCGAGUUAAAAAAGAAAGAGAAAAGGAAGAUGUUGCACUGAAUAAACACCAUUCAAAGCGGAAGUGGUGCUUCUGGAAUUCCUCUGCUGUAGUUGCCUGAACAAAGCAAAGAAGUGGAAAUCCAUAGCCAGUGUCUGAAAUUAGUCUUAUUGUUAGAAAUCAGAUGUAGUUCAGGUUUUCAGGAAAUUUUGUUCCAUGUGUGCAUUUAUUAUUGCUAGGGUCAAAAGCACAAGCUCACUGAAAGUGAGUCUGGAACAGCUCCUUGAAGUCAUAUGUAUAUUUUUGGCUAGUAAGCAGAUAGAUGUCUACCAUUAUUACAUUUCUUUUUAUACACAAAAAAUUUCCAGCAUUAAUGUUUCAAUCUCCAAUUGGGAAAUAUUUUUAUACUGUCUGGUGUAUUUUGUUUGGAUAAGUUUCUGGGUACUGUUUUAUUUUACAGACCACAAAGUAAACAUGUAGCAGCUUUGUAAUUAGAUUUUAACUAUUUUUACUAUGCGAGUUCAGUGAAAUAGACAAUCUUCAGCCACUAGGGACCGCUUUUAGAGUAUCUCGUAACAAGUCAUCUUAGGAAAAAAUCUAGUUGCCUAGUAUAGAUUGUCUUUUUUAAACUAAAUACUGUGCACUGGUAAUAUAAUUAGAUGGUUCUUUCCCCUUUCUAAAGUAAAGGGUUAGAAUAAAAUCCAAUAACUGCAAGAUAAAGAGUGCUUGAUCUUUGCUCAGCUGAAUAACAGGCAAUAUAACUACCUGUUCAACUGCAGGCAAAUGUAUUUUUAAUAUUUGCCAUGUAAGUGCAAAUAAUUAUAACUAUGUGGGCCAUGUGAAAUCUACUGAUUCUAAGUAUUCAGAGGUUUUAUAUGUCUAGAUCAAAGAGGGUAUUUCAAAAAAAUAAUUUAGAAGGGCUUAUUAAUUUAUAUCCUUAUACGAGUAUGGAUCUUAAUUCAAAAAGCAGUUAUACUGCUUGCAUUUGAAUUACUGCAUGGCAGUUACCUUGCUCUGUGAGAUCUUAACCAUGCAGCCAUUCCUCAUGCUGAAUUCCUUUUUGCUUCAGUGCAAGCAAAUGAAAGGGCUGCAAAAACAAGCAGGUUUUAUCUAGUGUUACAGCAUUUUGUAAAUGAGGAAGGGUCUUCACAUACAAUCACUUUAGUUUGAUCAAAAUUGUUUUAUAGCUUUCCCCAGGUAGAACUCAAAAUGUUAAGACUAUUUUUAAGUAGAUUGUAUGUUUCCCCUGGAAGUAGAUACUCCAAG